UCCAAUACGGUUUAUUUUUUGUCGUGUUAUAUGCCUAGUUGUUGCCAACAGUCGCUGGUAGUUAAAGCGGGAUGGACACCGGCUUGACUUUCUCCUCUCGUCGGUCUCCUGUAGUGUGUUUACACGGCUGUGCAGCGUCCAGCCAGACGCUAGCUUCAAGUAUAGGUCUAGAUGUCCUGAAGUGUGGUGGUAAUGCGGCAGAUGCUGCGGUUGCCAUAGCGGCAGCACUGGCGGUAACAGAGCCGUGCAGCACCGGCCCUGGUGGAGAUGCCUUCUGCUUGUUCUACAACGGAAAAACCGGAGAGAUCAGAGGAAUUAACGGCAGUGGUCGUUCACCCAGAACCCAGACCCUGGAGUUCCUGGAAGGCCGUGGUUACACUGCAAAGACCCCUCCCUCACCUUUUGAUGCACUGAAUGUCACAGUACCAGGGGCUCCUGCUUGUUGGUGUGACACUGUCCAGCUGUUUGGUAGCCACAAGCUGUCCUUUCAGGAGUUGCUGAGUGGGGCGGUGGGGCUUGCAGAGGUGGGGUUUCCUGUUGCCGAGGUAACAGCUCACCACUGGGCAAACUGGGCGUCUGCUCUGAGAGAUGCAGGGAAGGAACUAGGUGGGGACCUGCUGAGUGAUAAUCAUGCGCCCAAAUGUGGACAAGUAUUCAGAAACCCUGCCCUGGCCCGGACCCUGAAGGAGCUGGGUGAACGGGGAAAAGCAGCUUUCUACCAAGACAGAGUGGCCCAAGCCAUCGUUGACGUCAUCAGCCAACACGGUGGAGUCAUGACCCUGGAUGACCUCAGCAGCCACGACAGUGAGGUCAUCACCCCUAUCAGCACAGAAUACAAGGGGGUGCGUCUGUGGGAGCCCCCUCCGAACAGUCAGGGACUGGCUGCCCUGCUGCUGCUCAACAUCCUGGAGAACUUCCCUCUCAAAGCUAUGGGCCACAACAGCUCUGACUAUGUCCAUGUUUUGGUGGAGGCUGUGCGUUUGGCUCUAACAGAUGCUCUGCGUUACCUGGGCGAUCCAGACCAUGUGACCCCCCCACUGGAAACCUUACUGGACAAGAGCUACAGCCAUCGGCGAGCACAGCACAUCAGCAUGGAAAGGGCCAUGGAGGGAGUGGAGCCUGGCCUAAUCACAGGAAGUGACACAGUCUAUUUCUGUGUGAUUGACAGUCAGGGGAACGCCUGUUCAUUUGUGAACAGCACGUACAUGGGCUUUGGGAGCGGGCUGGUCCCAAAAGAUUGUGGAUUCUCACUACAGAAUCGCGGUGCCAGCUUUUCUCUGCAUCCUAACCAUGUUAACUGUGUUGCUGGGGGGAAACGGCCAUAUCACACCAUAAUACCUGCGCUCCUCACUACCUCUGCAACCAAGUCAGAAAAACCCAGACUACUCGCUGCACUCGGGGUCAUGGGGGCAUUUAUGCAACCGCAAGGACACAUCCAGGUGUUGUUAAACAUGUUGGAGUUCGGGAUGAAUCCUCAACAAGCUCUGGACGCACCGAGAGUCUAUGUACAAUAUGACCUAAAAACUGAGGAGUGGUGGGUUAAUCUGGAGGAGGGGGUCGACCAGGAGGUGGCAGAGGAGCUGAAAAGACGGGGCCAAAAAGUCCGCUGGCCAAUCACAGGUUUCGCCAGGUCUCUGGGUCUGGCACUGCUGCCUCUGGCCCUCUGCUGUAUCCUGGCCAACUUGCUGCUGCUGUUUCCUAUGGGAGCAAUCACCUACAUCCAGCAGGACCGCCUGGCCAACUACAUCUGGUACUUUGGUGGACUAGGAGGUGGAGGACUGAUGAUGUUGGUUCCAGCUGUUGUCUUCAUUACUCUGGGGAAAUGUAGCUGCUGCUGGAACGAGAGCUUAAUGAUGUGCGGGUCCGUGUUGGCAGCUGUGGUCGGCCUGGUGGGGUCGAGCUACUGUUUCGUCAUAUCAGGGUUCACCUUGGUGCAGGGUCCCCAGUGCUUCACCUCUUAUGGAUGGUCGUACCCAUUUGCAGACCAGAAGGGCAGGUAUCUGCUGCAGCCAGAGACUUGGUCUCGGUGUCUUCAGCCGCUUCAUAUCGUAGAGUGGAACGUGACUCUGCUGUGUGUUUUACUGGGUUUGGCUGUGCUGGAGUUCAUCAUCUGUCUCUUACAGCUGGGGAGCGGCUUAGUCAACGCCGUGUGCCGGCCUUGCUGCUACAAGCAGGAGUACAGUCUUAAUGCGUAGACAAACACACAUGUGUAUGUAGUAUUACUUGCACAGACAUACUGUACGUGCAUGUGUAUACAUAAAAACACAACACAACACACUAUGUAGACACACUUACACAUGCACUAUCAUGGACCUCUGACAACUGUCAGCUUUGUGUAACCACUGUAUCUUCAAGCUUUUGAGUUGCCUCGGUUAAAGUAGCAAAAGCACCAUACAGUCAUUGAUGACACCAGGAUGUUUGUCCAUAAUGAUGUAGGUGUGUGUGUGUGUGUGUGUGUGUGUGUGUGUGUGUGUGUGUGUGUGUGUGUGUCUGUGUGUCUGUGUUUGUGUGUUAUAUCUACUCCAGGUUAGGAAGAACAGGAUAUACUUUAUUUGCUCGGGUGGUGAAAGAAAGCUCAGCAGACCCACAUGUACAAAAUAAUAAGAAAGAAUCAGAGCAUCCUUGAUCAUAAUAAUAAUAAUAAUAAUGAUGAUAUGUAGUUUCCAGGAUAACAGGUUUCACUGAAGUAAUUGCACAAUUGCCACACAACACAGUGUUAAACAUAGCACAUCUUCAGAAAGUUAACUCCUUCUCAUGUAUUUGUUAUUAUUUUUAAAGAUGUAAAAAGAAGAACUAAAGCGAGGCUUUAGUGACAGCUGUUCAGUCACUUCAAGAAAUCCAAUAUUCUGAAUCUUGUGGUCGCUCACUUUCUUUAUUUUUAUUAUUUUGUACUGUUUGUAUUGAGAUUACUCCAUAAACCUAAUACCAGUGUUAUCACAUGAACAGAGCAGUAGCAACAUACAGGGAGUGGAGAUGAUAAUGCCUUAUUAAAUCAAUAUCAUUACAAUAGUACAUGCAAGAUGGCUGCCACAGAUUGUUUGCCACGUCCUCCAGUGUAGUUGUUGUGGGCAUUUUACUGUUCAUGGUGUUCAUGAAGGCGCUACUGAUCAUUUCCUUAACUUUAGUUUUUUUUUGUUUUUGUUUUUUAAAGGUGCCAUCUUGUCUUUUCAGUGUUAUUUUGUGGUUCCAACUUUUAUACACAGUGUUGGACUACUUAUGGGUUACAAGCAAAUGUGUGUGUGUUUGUACAUUUGUUUUCAUUUUCACAGUAUUUUGUUAAAUUGUUAAAUUGUUUUCUUUAUGUCUUUCAGAUUAUAGUUAAGUGUUAAUGGACAUUUUAUAUAUAUUUUAGUGACAUAUUUUUAUAAUGUACGUUUGUUUGUGCUGCCUUGAAUAA